CGAACACAGAGGACGGGCGAAGUCAACAAAAGCAAACGCAUAAAGCGAACCACCCGUGCAGUGGCUCUUUUGUAUGUUCGGGUCCUCUUCGGACGUCGGAACGGGCAGGAGAGAAAAGAGGAAAAAACAAAUCAAAGAAAAGAUGUGAAUUCCCGAAGAAGGGUCCUGGAAAUUACUCCAGCCACGCCUUCGCAUUUCUUUAGUUGAUAUAUAUUGUUGAAUCAUUUUUUCUUGUCGCGACCGGGAAGACCCCUCUCCCCCGCGGGAACAAGAAGUCACCAGGGUGGCUCCGCAGAAAAUGAGCGUGGGUAAAAGAAUAAAGAGAAAGAAAAGAAAAGAAAGGGAAAGCAGACAUGUGAUGGUAAUGGGAAGGUGCUUGUCGUGAAGAAGAUGUAACCGUGCAAAGCGAAGAGGGGGAGGGUGGGUGUGGGUCUGCCUGGACUAUAGCUUCGGCGUGUAUCGGGAGACGGGUCUUUCUUUUCUUUAAUUAUCAUGCUUAUGGACAGAGAGAGAGAGAGAGAGGGUCCAGAGCCAACCAAUGUCAUGUAAGAAGAACCAAAAACGCAAAGCAAAGCCUAGAGAGAGAGAGAGAGAGAGAGAGAGGCGCAUCCAAUUUGGUAAAAACAGCUUUGGGGGGAUUUUAAUUUGUUGCUUUGGUUGGAUUCUUGGGGCAUUCAAUAUCUAAUCUUUGGGUGCAGUUCUUUGGUAGGAAACUGCUCAAUAAUGACCCAUUACUUUCCCUCUUUCUCUGUCUGUCUCUCCCCGGGUCCAUUUUUCCCCUAAAUUAGUGGUUACUGACCUCCUUUUAAUUCCCUUCUUUGGUAUUGUCUGGAUUUUAUCUCCCUCAUUCUCACCUCCUCUCCUCCCCCGCUUCUCCAUCCAAGCUCUUGCCUUGCCUCUCCUCUUGGCAGCUGGUGCUCCUGUUUCCAUUUCUUUUAAUUGCUGUCAAAUUUUCCUGACAAGGUUAAGGAGUUUGUUGGGAAGCUUAGAUUAAACGCGUCCCCCUUUUCUUUUUCUCGGAGGCGUUGAUUUUAGAUCGGUCACCUUGCUUUGAAGCAUCUCAAAGAUAUUCUCGGAGCUUACUGUGAGAAGUGGAGUUGAUUAGACAUAUAUAUCUCAGCCCUAAUGCAAGGGCAGAGAAGUGCAAUAAGUUCCUUGCCGGAAGCUCUUGAUAUUGAUCAUCCAUCUUCUUCUUCAUCUUCAAGCAAUGGUAUGAAUAGUCAUCAGCUUUGUUGGAAUACUAUACAAAAUUCAUCAGAGAGCCAGAUUUCACAGAGUAUGGUACCGCCUAGUGAUCAUAUGGCAUUUUUGAACUCAGUUAGUCAUGAGCGGCAAAACCUGCUGGGUAGUGGCAUACCUGAGCGUGGUUCUAGCAGUUCAUAUCAUGAGGCUGGUAGUAUUGAGUGGAAAGCAGAACAUGGAUGGUUGUCUUCAGCAGGAUUUUCUGGUGGUUCUGGUCCACUUAUUGAAGAUCAGCAAAGGAGUGCCAACAAUAGAAGAUUCGUGUUAGAUGAUGUCAGCGUCAAUCCGCUGAUGAUUCAUAGUUCUCGUUCUAGUUGGACUGGGCAGAACCUAAAUCUGAAUGCGGGUCAUGGCAGUGAUAGUUCUUUCUCUGAGUCUCCAAAUUUAUACUCGUUGACUGGACUCAAUGACCAACAACUUCCUCCCUCUGGUUGCUCUGAUCCUUUCAUGAUACCUCCAGGGACCGGUAAAUGUAUUGUGGGAGAGAAUGAUGGUGGACAAGGUGGCUCAUUGGAUGUCAGGCACAUACCUUGUAAAAGAAAGUCCCUUGAAAGACAUGUUGGUCAAUCUUCUAUUGGUGAAAGCUCUCAUUUUCUUGAAGUGGAAGAAACUAGUGCACAGCAUGCUACUUCUGCUCACAGUAACAUGAACACUAACUCGACUAUGUCUCGUGUGUCAGAACAAGCAGAUCCACAACUAGGGUCAAGUGUGAGUCAUGUGACAGGAAUAGUUUCUCCUUGUCCUCCUUAUACAAGUGUUUCGGAAAGUGCGGAAACCUCACAGAGAAGUUCCCGCCUGAGGAUCAAUUCUUCUAUGCACAGCUAUCCAAACUCUUCCAUCAUACACCCUAUGGGAGGCGCUCUUAGCAACUCCAAUGUCUCGUCUACCUCCCAGUCAUCAAGAUUUGUUUCAGUCAGCCAUUCGUUGGACUUGCCUUUGGCACCUGCAUCUAGUAAUGUCAACAUCCAAGAACAGCCUGAUCUGCUUGAUCUGCCUUCUUUGCCAUACCCUGAACAAUCAAUUAGGUGGAGUAGGGGUUCUGUCACUAGGCCUGGCUCUUCUUCUAGUUCGGCUUUCUAUAGAAACAGAGAUGACGAGCUGCAAGAAGCCAGCUUGGGCAGGUAUUCGAGAAAUGUUGGGAGACACCCUAUGUAUAUACCUGCUAGUGAAUUGAGAAAUUUGGUUCAAGGACCAGUAUCUAGAGAUAUACCGGGUGGAAGUAGUGCAAUUCCAAGAAGUACCACAUAUAGUACUCAGGCUGGAUCCAGUACAUCUGUCCCUCAAUCAUCUCAACCUAACUCGGUGCCUCAUCGCAGUCGUCAUUCCCACUACCCACGAAGAUGUCCUGACUACGUCCGCCGAUCGUUAUUAGCUUCCAUAGGGAGCGAGAUGGAUCCUAGCAGCCAUUCUUCAGAUUAUUCAGACCAUCCUGCUUUCUUGCAAGAUGUCCUUUCAUCUGGGUCUCGUAACCAGGGUCAUCGUCGGUCAUUCCCUAGGUCCGCAUCUUGGAUGGAAAGACAUGGUGAUGCACUAGGAAUUCCGUACUCCAUGCGAACUUUGGCUGCUGCAAGUGAAGGCCGAAGAAGGCUUGUUUCAGAGAUUCGGAGUGUGUUGGAUCAUAUGCGCCAGGGGGAGGGCUUACGUCCUGAGGAUGUCAUGAUUCUUGAUCAGUCAGUAUUCCUGGGGGUAGCUGAUAUUCAUGAUCGGCAUGGAGACAUGCGGCUUGACGUCGAUAACAUGUCUUAUGAGGAAUUAUUGGCAUUGGAAGAGCGCAUUGGAAACGUUAACACUGGACUGAGCGAGGAAACCAUUUUAAGUCGCAUGAAGCAGCGCAAGUACACAGUUGUAGUUUGCAUGGAUGUGGAGGCGGAGCCCUGCUGCAUUUGUCAGGAGUUGUACAAUGAGGGAGAGGGUGUUGGGACUCUGGAAUGCGGGCAUGAUUUCCACACCAACUGCAUAAAGCAAUGGCUGAUGCACAAGAACUUGUGCCCCAUCUGUAAAACGACAGGUCUGACCACGUGAGACGGGGGCUGUCAUUUUUCUGCUGAUGUCUCGAUGUUUGGCCAGACAAGAGAAAGGUACUGAUAGCAUCUAAGCAGAGUUCGCAGAAUCAUAUCAAGUCCAUGCAUGCUUGCGUGGGCGUGGAAUAGCUGAAGAAGCUUAUAAAAGUCGCAUAUCCUUCAAAGCUAGCUAUCUAAUGCUUAGCACUAAGAUGGUGGCGUCUCUAAGGGGACCAGCGAAUCACAUCAGUCGUCAAAAAAUAGUCGAAAAAUAAACUGCUGCGCGGCAUUUCGCAUAGAGGGCCUUGUUUGGCUACUGCUAUAAAUGGUGUUAAGUCCAUCGGUAGUGGAAAAAUGUACUACUCCCUUUGCAUUGAAACGGAAUCGUUCAGACUCUUCUCCAUGCAUGUCCUAUUUUUUUUUUUUUUUUUUUUCUUUUUAAAAUUUAUUCCAAACAAGAUUCAUGUUUCUUCCAUAUUAUCCUGUUAUUGAGUUAAGAUUGUGCUUCACUGACUAAGAAA